AGCUCCGUAACUGUGCCAGAAACGCUGUUGUUUGUCUCAACCCUUGACGGAAGCUUGCAUGCUGUCAGCAAGAGGACGGGAGCAAUCAAGUGGACUUUAAAAGAAGAUCCUGUACUCCAGGUGCCAAUACAUGUGGAAGAACCAGCAUUUCUUCCAGACCCAAACGAUGGCAGUCUGUAUACUCUUGGUGGCAAGAAUAGUGAAGGCUUGACCAAACUUCCGUUUACUAUCCCAGAGCUGGUGCAGGCAUCUCCCUGUCGCAGUUCGGAUGGGAUCCUGUACAUGGGUAAGAAGCAGGAUAUUUGGUACGUGAUUGACCUUAUGACUGGCGAGAAGCAGCAAACCUUGACCUCCUCAUUUGCAGAAAGUCUUUGCCCAUCAACAUCCCUCCUGUAUCUCGGGAGAACAGAGUACACGAUCACAAUGUAUGACACCAAGAAGAAGGAGCUGCGCUGGAAUGCCACGUAUUUCGAUUAUGCAGCUACUCUGCCUGAUGAAGACAUAAAAUACAAAAUGUCACACUUUGUGUCUAAUGGAGAUGGACUGGUGGUGACCGUAGACAGCGAGUCUGGGGACGUCCUGUGGAUUCAGAAUUACGCUUCUCCUGUGGUGGCUUUUUACAUCUGGCAACGUGAAGGCCUACGGAAGGUUAUGCACACUAACGUGGGGAUAGAAACUCUGCGGUACUUGACGUUCAUGUCUGGGGAGGUUGGACACAUUACCAAGUGGAAGUACCCUUUCCCAAAGGAGACAGAGACCAAGAGCAAACUGACACCAACUCUAUAUGUAGGGAUGUAUGCGUCACCAUCAAUGGUGCAUGAAGGAGUAACUGUUGUGCCCCGUGGCAGUGCCAUACCCUUACUAGAGGGUCCAAAAACAGAAGGAGUCACAAUUGAGGACAAGGGCGAGUGUGUUAUCACCCCCAGUACGGAUGUCAAGUUUUCUGGCAGACUGAAAGACAAGAACAAACUGAACUACUGGAACCACUGGCUUUUAAUCGGGCAUCAUGAAACACCAUUAUCUGCCCCUACAAAGAUCCUGGAGAAGUUCCCAAGCAACUUACCUAAGAGGCCUGAAAAUGUGAUUCCUGCUGACUCUGAUAAAGCCAAAAUUGAAGAGGUUAUUGACAUCGUUGAAGGUACCUCGACAGAAGUGCCGCCUGCUGUUCCAAAGGAUAUUGAGGAGAAACCUGCUCGGCCUGUCCCGCGGCCAGAGGCUCCUGUGGACUCCAUGUUGAAAGACAUGGCCACGAUCAUUCUCAGCACUUUCCUGCUUGUGGGCUGGGUGGCUUUUAUCAUCACUUACCCAAUGAGUGUGCAUCAGCAGCAACAGAGGCAGCAUCAGCUGGAAGAGAAGAUACAGCUCUUGCAGCAGCAGAAGCUGCCCUUUCGUGCUCCCAGUGAUCUACCCCCAGAAGCGGAUUUCUUGGACACCUCCUGUGGGCGGACAGAGAGCUCAGCCACCAGCACGCCAAAUAUGUCCCCCAGAGCAUCAAACCAUUCUGCCUAUUCCAGCAUCUCCACGUCUGACGUUGGGAGCUGCCUCUCCACUGAGCAAGAAGAGGGAGAUGAAGAUACAAACAAAGUGAUGGUCGGCAAGAUUUCAUUUAACCCAAAAGAUGUACUGGGACACGGAGCUGAAGGGACAAUUGUGUACAGGGGGACAUUUGAUAACCGCGAUGUUGCAGUGAAAAGAAUUCUUCCCGAGUGCUUCAGCUUUGCAGACCGUGAAGUACAGUUGCUGCGAGAGUCCGAUGAGCAUCCUAACGUGAUCCGCUAUUUCUGCACGGAGAAGGACCGUCAGUUCCAGUACAUAGCCAUCGAGCUGUGUGCUGCCACUUUACAGGAGUAUGUUGAGCAGAAGGCCUUCAGUCACCAUGGCUUACAGCCCAUCACUCUCCUGCAGCAGACGACGUCUGGUCUUGCCUACCUGCACUCCCUUAGUAUUGUCCACAGGGACCUGAAGCCCCAUAACAUCCUCAUCUCCAUGCCUAAUGCCCACGGAAAAGUCAAAGCCAUGAUUUCAGACUUCGGCCUGUGCAAGAAGCUGGCAGUGGGCAGGCACAGCUUCAGUCGUCGGUCGGGUGUGCCAGGCACAGAAGGGUGGAUUGCUCCGGAGAUGCUGAGUGAAGAUUGCAAAGAGAACCCCACAUACACCGUGGACAUCUUUUCGGCUGGCUGUGUCUUCUAUUACGUGGUGUCUGAAGGCAGCCAUCCCUUUGGCAAAUCUCUGCAGCGGCAAGCCAACAUCCUGCUGGGUGCAUACAGCCUGGAUUCCUUAAACGCAGGGAGGCAUGAAGACAUAGUUGCUCGUGAUUUAAUAGAGCAAAUGAUAAACAUGGACCCUCAGAAACGUCCAUCUGCCAGCUGUGUGCUAAAACACCCCUUCUUCUGGAGUUUAGAAAAACAGCUCCAGUUUUUUCAGGAUGUUAGUGACCGGAUAGAGAAGGAAUCUUUAGACGGUCCAAUAGUCAAGCAGUUAGAAAGAGGUGGAAGAGAGGUGGUCAAAAUGGACUGGAGAGAGCACAUCACUGUUCCUCUUCAGACAGAUCUUCGAAAAUUCAGAUCCUAUAAAGGAGGCUCAGUACGGGAUCUUCUGAGGGCAAUGAGAAAUAAGAAGCACCAUUACAGAGAACUGCCUCCCGAAGUGCAGGAGACCCUGGGCUCCAUCCCAGAUGAUUUUGUGUGUUACUUCACAGCUCGUUUCCCUCACCUGCUCCUACACACCUACAAGGCUAUGCACAUCUGCUGCCACGAAAGACUGUUCCAGCAUUAUUAUCAUGAGGACACUGGAGAGCUGAGCCUCGCAGGAGAUGCUGUUUGA